GACAACCUUGUUAUUAUAAACACAUCUAUUCGUGCAGACGAAUUUUAAAUACCGAUUGGAACUGACAAGACUUCUUUCUUCCUGCAAUCGAAGUUCUUGAUUACUUUUAUUGAAAAUAAGACGCUUAAGUUUUUUGUGAUAAAAUAAUUAUUUAGACAGGCUGAUGUUCGUUCAGUAACCAAGUUCAUUUGUGUUUCUCGGAUUUCGGUUCUUCAGAACAAACACGUGAUUAUCUUGGGCAUCUCAUGUAUCAAGCAUCUAGCUAAAAUUUUGCAUGAAACUAGUGUUGCUAGUGUUAAACAAAUGUCGACACAAAAACCAAAUUGUGAAGAAGAGGAAACUCAGUUAUUUAAAUUGAAUGAUGCCAAUGAUUCAGAGGUUUUCUUUGUAGUUGAUGAAGUUGGUUCUGAACAUGGCAGUACAGCGAAUGAAGAAGACGAGCCAGAAGUUGUGUUUGUAGAAGAAAAAUCCUGCCAUAUAGUAACUGACAAUACUACACCACAAUCAAGGGGAAAAGCAACUGCAACUCAAAAUAUCAUUAAUGAAGAUGGGAAUGAUGAACCUGAGAUCAUUUUUGCUAGUGAAAGUCAUGUUGUUUCAUCAUCUGUUUCAAAACCAGAAACUGCUGCUGCAACAUCUGAUGGACCAUUGUCUACUGAGCAGGACACACCUGUUAGCUUAGGUAAACCUAUAUCUGAAAAUGAGAAUGGACCUGAAGUUAUUUUCGUUCAAGAUGUAUCUGGAAUGUUUUGCUUAGAUACCACACCAGAAGUGGGAACAAAGAAACCAUUAGGACCAAGAUUUACGAGGGAAUUUAGUUCAACUCUCAAAUCUGGAGAAGAUACUACAGACUCUACAGGAGAUAGUGUAAAACAAGACAACAGAUGCUUUAACUGUUUGGGUGACCACUCUCUUAUGAACUGCCCAAACCCAAAGAAUCAGAAAGAAAUAUCAAAAAAUCGUUCUUCAUUCAUGCAGAAGCAGCCAGCACGAAUGAAUCGUUAUCAUAUUGACAAGCCUAGCAAAUUUGAUCAUUUUACUCCUGGUGUCAUCAGUAGAGAGUUACGGGAAGCUUUGGGUCUAAGAAGUUCUGAAAUCCCGUUGCAUAUCUAUCAAAUGCGGAUUUUAGGAUACCCUCCUGGCUGGAUAGAGCAUAUUAAAGAAUAUUCUUCUGGGUUAGAAAUGAUUGAUGCUGCCACUUCUCCCUCUUCAACUGAAGCAAACCAAACAGUUACUUAUGACUAUGAAAAAAUCAUCGAUUACCCUGGCUUCAACGUUCCUGUUGAUCGACGAGUCCGUGACGAUUGGCGCUAUUUAAACUUUCCUCCAAUGCAAGAGCACAAUUCCAAAGAAGCUCUCAUCGCCAAUUUAAAGAUGCACAGUAAAACUCAAAAGAAUUCUAGUGAAGAAACGAAUUUGGAAAUCGUUGACAUGGAUACAUCCAUAGAAGACCUUGAAGAAAAGCGCCAGGCAUUGCUUGCUGAGUUGGGAGAUGAAGACGAUGACUGUGUUAUUGAAGAAAAUUUUGAAGGGAGUGAAACCACUAACCCAACCAACACAACAACUGGCAUCGUUACUGGGGACACAUUGAAAGAGAGUGGAUCUCCCAACCUAACCAACGAGGUUCAGGAAAUGGAUAUUGCUGCAGUGACGAUUCCUACCUCGUCAAUAUCAGAUCUACCUCUAAAUAUUGAGUCACCAAUCAACAAUCAAGACUUGUCACCGAAAAAGAGCAAGCUCUUGGCAAUGGGAACUCCUGUCUCUAUACGAUAUUCACCUUAUAAUAUCCUACCUUCACGAGACAAGUUUGCGCAAAAUGGGAAACUUGGGACCAUGGGUGAACUUGAACUAUACGAAAAUCUUCCAAAUAGUACGGGCGCUUUUCAAAAGAUGCGAUCUUUACUUCAAAAGGCGAAGCAAAUGUUUAAUAGGAAAUAAAUGGCACUGAAAAAUCGUUUAUUUGAAAAAUGUAUGUAUUUUUUUGAAAAAUUAAGACUUUCAUCAUCUUCGGAACUGUCGCCGGAACUUUUCGAAAUAAAAGUCGUCGCUUGCCUUA